GCACCCAGCACCCCGCGGCCGCGGGGGCGGGAAUGCGCCGCAAGGCCUUCUGGGAGCUGUAGUUCUGCCGGGGUCACGUGACGGGGCGGGGCGGGCGGACUCCACCUCCCAGCGUGCUCAGCGGCGGCGCGAGCCCGAGCGGCGCGGGCCCCUCUCUCCGGAUGCGGGGUCCCCUCCUGGCGGCGGCCGGCGGGGGGCUGCGGGGGGCCGCCAUGGCCGACGGCCCCCUGGCCCGCGCCAUCCGCGCCAAGCUGGACGCGGCCCUGCAGCCCACCCACCUCCAGGUCGUGGACGAGAGCCCCCGCCACGGCGUCCCCCCCGGCACCGAAAGCCAUUUCGCCGUGGUGGUGGUGAGUGGGCGCUUCGCGGGGCUCCCCCCGCUGCAGCGGCAUCGCCUGGUCCACGCCGCCCUGCGCGCCGAGCUGGCCGGACCCCUGCACGCCCUCGCCAUCGUCGCCAGGACCCCCCAGCAGUGGGAAAGCGACCCCAGCGUCCCCCCCCGACCCCCUUGUUUGGGGGGCUCCAAGCGGGAGCGGCGUGGGGAGGCGGCCGGGAACCAGUGACGGCAGCGCCGGGGGGGUCCCAUCCCCCCCCCCGCCGCCCGGUGACACCGCGAUGGGGAUGGACCCCAAAUUUGGGGUGGGGGGGGACAUAUUGGGGUGCCCCCCCCUCCCUGCAUCACCCCAGCCACCCCGGGGUCCCACCCUGACCCCAUCCUCCGCGCAUCCUCUCCCCCCCCCCCACCCGCUCUCACCUUGGGGGCGAUGGUGGGGGUACCCCAUCACCCCCCACCCCCAUUUCCUUUGAUUUUUAAAUCACCAUCUCGGGUGCAUCCCCCAUCCCGCACCCCAAAAAAAAUAAACCCUCCCUCGGGAGCAGCUCGGAAA